AUGAGGUGCCAUGGACCAUUUGGGGCGCCUAAAUUUAUAGGCAAGAGAGACAGGGGCGGACGACCGUCUGCUCUAGGUGGACGGCCGUCUGCCCCCAACGAAAACCUCCAGACGGGCGUGUGCCCUCCAACGGCUCCUUAUGGACGGCCAUCUGCCCUAAACGGACGGCCAUCUGCUUUCUUUUUGCUGGUAAUAUGUGCCCUGAAAAUUCCUGGGGGUCGGGCUGCCCCCGGGGAGUAA